UUCAGGUAAGAGUCGAUCCCCACUUUGAUAGUUUCCAUUUCUUCUUCCACCUCCUCCUCCUCCUCCUUCUGUGAGCUCAUUUUCAAGCUCUCGUCGGUCGCUCUCAUGCAUCUCCUGAUCUGAUCGUCGACCCUUUUCGGAUCUGAGGAAUCCGAAUCUCACGACAGAUUCCGCGCGGUUCCAGGAGAAAUCCGUGCUGAAAUCGGCUUCCGAUCGCGACUCCGGCUUCUUCUACGGGAGGAGAUUUUGAUGAAAUGGAUGGUGAAGGCUUGAUUGAGCUCAAGUUCAGGCUUGCGGAUGGCAGCGACAUUGGUCCCAGCAAAUACCGCCCGGCUAUGACGGUGGCCUCUCUCAAAGAGAAAGUGGUUGCUCAUUGGCCUCGAGACAAAGAAAAUGGCCCCAAGACAUUGAACGAUGUAAAGCUUAUUCAUGCUGGAAAGAUACUGGAAAACAACAAGACCCUUGCUGAGUCGAGACUUCAAGUUGGUGAAUUUCCAGGGGGUGUCAUCACCAUGCAUGUUGUUGUGCGUCCCCCCGUUUCAGACAAAAAGAAUGAGAAGUUGCAGAAUGAGUCUCUGGGGAAACCUCGGUGUUCAUGCUCAAUUUUGUAGCUUCUUGUAGCUUCAGGUAACAGAGUCGACAUCUUCAUGGCUUGGUCUUGCUUCACGCUUUGUCAAGAUAGGGCUGCUACGUGCUAAGUUGCUCUUGGAAUCAUUGUGAGAAUCAGUGCAUUGACAAAUCUUUUGGGAAAAAAAGAUAAAUUCUUGCUGUAACAGUUUAUAGAGUCCUCAAGUGAGAAUUUGUUGGAUUGUUUAUACAGGAAAAAUUUGUUGUAGAGUUGUGAGUGAUGUAAUCAGCACACUUUCAGUGUAUAAAGAGAUUUCCGAUGGAUGUUCACUUCCCAAGGGAUUAUUAUUCUAAGUAAGUUGUGAGGGAAGAUGGUUAGUGUGCA